AUGAACUGCGCCGCCGUCAGGAUUACCGGAUCGGGCUAUAGCACGCUGGAGGAUUACGACGACAUGUGGGUCGGGGAUAUGAACCUCCCGGGCCGCAUCAAGACGGGUGAGUGUAGGAGCAAGGUUGGGUCCGCGCUGGUGUACCCCAAUCCCGGGCCCUUCAUCACCAUCAAGGAGGUUCCCGGAAUUCCGUUUGGACCGCCAACCGGCGGGACGUGCUUUGUUGGUCCGGGGAAGGGGAAAAGUACCGGCAGCGGGAGUGGCAAUUCAGGCCAGGGAACUGGCAUUGUGUCCUCGUCAACGCCUUCUACUACCACUAGAAUUUCUAAGGGGAAAACUACGGCUGGGGGCGCUGCUGCCACUUCUAUUGCAGGCGGGGGUAGUGGAGGAGCCAAAACCACAGACCCAGCGAACGGCCCCAUGUUCCCUACGACCGAAGAAGAGGUCGUCCCGCCUCUAAGAACAUUGACCUUCCCAAUGACCGGGACAAAGACUAAGGCUAGCGCCGGAUACAAGAGUACGAGCUCUAGCUGCGCAGUGGGGGGAAGUGAGGGGAGUGGCGCUGGCACUGGAACAGGCGGCUCCACUACCUGGGGUUCUGGCUCUGGCUCUGGCUCUGGCGCUGACAACACCACUCCUGCCACUACGCAAAAACCAUGGACGAAGAUAUACACGCCCACUACUUUCCAGAGGAGGUUCGCCUCUGUCCGAUAGACAACCCUCCACUUUCCUUCGUUCCUUCCAUUAGCACUUGGACCUUGCGGCGCGGGUAAUGUAUAGCUUUCUUUCUCUCUUUCUCUCUUUCUCUCUCUCCUCUUUCCUUUAUUUCUGGGGCAUUUUUAGCGGUUGGGGGCGCGGAUAUAUAAACUUGCUGGUUUGGUUUGCGAGGUGUAUGUACAAUAUAUUAGCUGCUAGGGUGGAUGUUUUCCCGGAUGGUUUCCUUCUUGUUCCCUUUCUAUUCUUUUGUCUUGUUUUUUUCUUGGAAAAGACAGCUGUGCUUUGGUGGGUAUGCUGGGAGGAGCUGGGAGUAUGUGCGAAUGAUUUGUUGCGACCCUGAGAUCUGGUGGUGGGGAGGGGGCAGCGCACAGUACUAGAGACGAGCUCUCGCUCGGAUGGCGUUACCGAAAUCAAGAGGAUGGCAAUUGCACCUAAUGGUUAAAGGAAGAAUUCGAUGCCCCCCCGUUGCUGGCACUUCUCUGGCUGC